UCGCAGGUAGCGAAUCUAUGGAACGCAGUGACUCGGCCGAAACCGAAACGGCCGAUACUCUUAUGACGACGGUGUCUCGUCAUCAUUUCGGGGAUGAAAUGGACGAACCGGCCUUCUCCAUCUCUAUAAUCGAGAACAUGAAGGAAGACUAUGGUCUGUUCGUGUGGCCCUGUAGCGUGGUCCUAGCGGAGUAUGUUUGGCAACAGAGAUUGCGCUUUUCCGGAGCCGGCGUGGUAGAGGUGCUUGGUGCUGGAACUUCCUUGCCAGGUUUAGUUGCAGCCAAAGUUGGUGCCGACGUCACUCUCACUGAUGACUCGAGUAGAUUAGAGGUGCUGGACAACAUGAAACGAGUGCUUGACCUUAAUAAACUUGAGUGCAAUUUCUGUUUUCAGGUAAUGGGAUUGACAUGGGGAGUUUGGGAUGCAUCUACAUUCAGUUUACAUCCAAAAUUUAUUCUUGGGGCUGAUGUGUUAUAUGAUGCUAGUGCGUUUGAUGACCUCUUUGCCACUGUUACAUUCCUGCUCCAAAGUUCUCCGGGGUCAGUGUUCAUAACAACUUACCAUAAUCGGAGUGGACAUCAUUUGAUUGAGUUUUUGAUGGUCAAAUGGGGGUUGAAGUGUGUGAAGCUUCUUGAUGCCUUUUCAUUUAUGCCAUCCAACAAGGCAUCCAGGCUAAGCGGCAACCUUCAUUUGGCAGAGAUUGUUCUGGAUAGUCAAUGGGCUGAGAUACCGGUUUUGCAUUAGCAGUGUGGGAAUGCAGUAAUGCCGCCACUCGGACUUGCAUUAAGACCGCUUGUUACUGUUCGAACUCUGCUGCAGCAAGUUCAGUAGUCCAGUUGAUUGAGCGCACUGUAAUGGAGGACAUCAUUUGUUCAUCUUUAUUAAGAGUUAUGUCAACAUAGACAGAUUUCAAGUUUCACAAAAGAAAGUAUUGUUUCCCUUCAAACCAAUAUUUAUAAUAGCUUUGUAUUUAUAACAGCUUUUGUUGUAACAAGAUCCUUACGAACAUUAUGAAUUACAGCAGACAAACAAUUUCUCUC